UCGCCAGUUUAUAACAAUGGGAGGUUUCCAGACUGUAAAUCAGAAAGUGACUUAACAUACAUUGUUGUCAUUGACUGUGUGACUUAAUGUGAGUGUGUGUAUUCUCGAUUGUCUAGCUAACAGCAUGAAGACCAAAACCCUUCACAGCACAGAACGAUGCUUCCCGACAUCUCCAUUUACACAUAACGUUUCUGAAGAUACGUAGCUUUUCUGGGGCCUCUUGUGUAAAUGGUGCGUACGUACUAAAAGUUUGCGUACGCAGGUUUUCACGCACACGCGGGUUGUAUAAAAAUGUCACUCAAACUGCUAAAUGUCUCCAAAUGUCUCUAAAUAAUGGCUCCACUGCAGUUACGCUGCUAUGACUGAGAAGCAGUCAAUAAAAAACAUACUUAUGCCCGCUGAUACAUCAAAAUAGUUUGAUAAUUUAUGUGGAUGAUGGUUAACAUGAAAAUGCUGUUUUUCAUAACCUCCGUAACUUGUCAGGCUGUGAAUGAAUGAAUGAAUGAAUAAAGUCACUUAGGAGAUAGUUCCAGACUCCGCCGCGGUGGUUUGUGCGCCCUCCGCCUCGCUUCAGUAGCUCUGGCUGAUUGAACCCAAUGAAAACCUACUGAGACUAAAUCCCCGCAGACGACGUGGCCUACUCACUGUGCCAAAGCCAAGAUCGCCGGUGAACUGGACAGUCUUCAUAGUGCGUCCGCUGGGAAUAGAAUAGGUCACAUGUCAUGCGUAAUUGAUCCCGUGCAUGGUGUGUAAUUAACUAAUGUGUAAUUUGGCAUCCACUGUGAUCUCAGACCGUUUUUCCUUGUUGUACUGGUCUCUGAUCCGGCUGCAUUGCCACUGUGACACUGCGUCAGACCACAAAAUAAUCCGAUUUUUUCCACCUCAGAAAUCAGCGCCUCGAACUCAUGCUCGGUGUUUUGCAGCAGGAUUGGCCACUGUUAUGUGGACAGUAGGUCAUUUACGGGAAGAGCCAAGGUGGGGUAUAUGCGCUCAAUUUCAGGUUGAUUGGGAUGUGUAAAGGAAAGGUGUGCAGCACCUGAUGGACGCCAUGAGUAUGAUGAUGCCAGCUUGAGGGGACAUGUCUGGUGCAUUAUGCAUUAUGGACAAUGGCAAACCGAGCCAGAGCCGUGUGUGUCGGCCCCAGCGGAUCAGUGAGUCGUCCAAGGUGUUCCGCUGGGUGGAUCAGGCUGUGGAGGUGUUGCAGGGCCUCAAUGAGCAGCGGCAGCACAGCCAGUUCUGCGAUGUGGUGCUGGUGGCAGACGACCAGAGGGUCCCUGCUCACCGAGCCCUGCUGGCCGUCUCCAGCCCGUACUUCCACGCCAUGUUCACUUUGGGCAUGAGGGAGGAACGCCAGGAGGAGGUGGAGCUGGUUGGGAUGUCUUUCAUUGGUCUGAAUGCUGUAGUGGACUUCCUGUACAGUGGAGAGCUGCCAUUGGAUGGAGGAAACAUUGACCAUGUGCUGGAAGCUGCCCACCUUCUGCAGGUGUGGCGAGUGGUGGAUUUCUGCUGCCAGUACCUGGAGAGGGAGGUGAGUGAGGACAACUACCUGUACCUGCAGGAGCUGGCUCUGCUCUACAGUCUGGAGCGACUCGACACAUUCAUCGACCAGUUUAUCCUCACACGCUUCGCUACGCUCUCUUUCACCCCUGAUUUCCUUCGUGACAUUCCUUUACACAAACUCACCUCCUACCUCUCCAGUGGCCAGGUUCAGCAUGACAGCGAGCAGGCGCUUCUCCAGGCCACCCUGCAGUGGCUCAGCCAGAGUCCCGAGCGGACCGCCCACGCCAGACAGCUCCUCUCCCACAUCCGCUUCCCUCUAAUGCCGAUGGGGGACCUCGUGGGCCGGGUGCUGCCGGCGGUGCGGGCCCUGCUGCCGGAGGAGGCCGGCUGCGAGGCGCUGGUGGAGGAGGCUCUGGGGUACCACACCAGGCCCACCGCCCAGCCGCUCCUGCAAACUGGACGCACCACGCUGAGGGAAGGGGUAGAGCAGCUGCUACUGAUUGGAGGAGAGGUGUCAGAGCGUGGAGAGGAGCUAAGUGCCAAUGUCUGCCGGCUGGACGGUGAGUCGGGAAGCUGGGAGGUGGAGACGGAGCUGCCGGCCCAGCGGAGCCACCACUGCCUGGCAGUGCUGGGGGGCUUCAUCUUCGCUGCCGGCGGCAGCUCGUCCAGGGACAAUGGUGGAGACGCCGCCUGUAAUCUACUGUACAGAUACGACCCCCGCCACAAUCAGUGGACCAGGGGUGCUCCAAUGAACCAGCGGCGAGUGGAUUUUUACUUGGGGGCGGUGGGAGAGUGCCUGAUCGCUGUGGGUGGGAGGAACGACACUGGAGCUUUGUCGUCUGUGGAGGUUUAUUGUCCCGCUGAGGACUGCUGGUCGUAUGUGGCCGGACUGCCCAGGUUUACUUACGGCCAUGCUGGCACCGUCCACCGUGGCAUAGUCUACAUCUCAGGCGGUCACGACUAUCAGAUCGGCCCAUACCGCCGAGAUGUCCUGAGUUAUGAUCCGUCACGGGACAGUGAUGUGUGGGUAGAACGCCAGGCCAUGUCUCUGGCCCGGGGCUGGCACUGCAUGGCCUCCCUCAACCACCUCAUCUAUGCCAUUGGGGGCAGCGAUGACCACGAAGACACCACAGAGCGCUUUGACAUCCUGCAGGUGGAGGCCUACGACCCGCACAGUGGCCAGUGGACCCGGGUGGCGCCGCUGCUGCUGCCCAACAGCGAGGCAGGGCUUGCAGUCUGGGCAGGGAGGAUCUAUGUGCUUGGGGGCUACAGCUGGGAGAGUAUGGCGUUCUCCAGAGCCACUCAGGUGUACAACCCCGACAAGGGGUCAUGGUCCAGAGGGCCAGACCUGCCAAAGCGCAUCGCAGGAGCUUCCGCAUGCGUGUGCACUGUGAAGCCUUCGCCAUCGUCAUCCUCUCCGGAGAAGAAGAAGAUAGGACGAGGGGUGAAGGGAAUAUCACACCCCACGUAACAACAGUGACUUUCUCUUUGUCCAAAAAUACAAGGCCUGCAGAGACUGGCAGAGACAGAGCCUGGUACAUACAUCUGAUCCAAAACCUCCAAGAGAUACAUUAUGUUACAUGAGUAUUAGAAGCAUUUUGUCACCAGAGGCACUGCAGCAUCGCACCAAGGGAGAGGACGAGCGAUAAUGCUAAACACUGAAUUAACCAGAGUUUUCUUUGAUAAAGAACACCUGAUGUGUUUUGACUACAACUACAGUAAAUGAGUGGCAGUGUUUGUAGACAUUUACAUUCACAGCUACAUAGAUGAAGAUAGCAGUUAAUUUUGUGUCCUUGGUACAGUAGAUACUAAAAUAUGUAUUAGCACUCUGUCCUUUUGAAGUCCAGAUAUGGGAGCUCGUGGAUGCUCAAAGGCCGGAUGGUGGGUAUGAAGUGCAAACCUGCAGGACGGGCUGCAGGGUGGGAGUGGCACUCUGGCACUCCUGUCCGCGCUGUGGACAAACCUACACCUGCACACAGGAAAGCCACCCGGACGGAUGACUUAAAACUGGGCGUACCAGCAGAUUCUUUUGUACAAUGCUGAUUGUUUGGAGCCGUUAAAAAAAAAAAACACGAGUUCAAUGCAGUGUCUUUAUUUUGGAAU